AUGCCGCGAGGAAGACAGCCCUCGGGACCUAAAUCCAGGGCCCAACACGAUAUACCCCCUGAGAGUGACCAUACAGACCUAGACGAUGGACGGAACCUACCCCUACCACCAUCUCCGAGUCAAGAGACGAACGAUACAGACAUCAAGAUGAUGCUGACUCAAUUGACUGCUAGCGUUUAUUCUCUCAUGCAAAAUCAAGCGGAACAGGGGCGCAGACUCGAUGCGUUGUCGCAAUCGACGGCCCGAGAUACCCCCGAAUCAUUAUAUCCAUCUCCGAGAACAGAGGAUCGAACUAUGGAUCCCAACCUGCGGAUCGACGAUACACAUUCCCAGGCCGUGGUUGACCGAGAAGAAGCUCUCAUCGAAAAGGAGCUACAGAAGCUCCGCCGCAGCAUCAAGGAUCGUUGGACACCCAAACCAACAACUCUCAAUUUGACCAAUUUCAUCUCCUGGAGAACCAAUAUUCUCAAAGAUGCCGCCUUUAUCAAAGCCCACGGUAUUUCCGCCCGUGAUAUCCUGACUAAGGGGCAACAACAACCCCCAGAUUUCUAUGGCAGACUGAAACGAGAAAUCUGGAGAGCAAUGGAUGAUGCUUUACAUGCUCGCAUCCUUCAAUCACUGAGUGUCGACGUACACAAUAUCCUACCAUCCGAACUUGCAGAGAAUGCUGCCACGUUGUGGGCGUCUGUGGUUACCAAUUUUGGCAUGACCAGGGCGCAGGAGCGGUACAAUCUUCUUCGCGAUAUGUGCGCGUUGAAGCUGGAAGGGUCGGACUAUAUGGCAUAUCAGACUCAGUGGCUCCAUUAUAUGGCAACGCUACGCAACCUUAGCGUCACAGUCGAAGACGUGAUGCAUGACAUGUUCCUUCUUGGUCUUGGGAACUGGCAAUCGCAAUUUGUCAAGACCAAGCUCGACGAAUUCUUCGCAUCUGGAGGCAACGGUGAACCAAUUGUGAACCUUAACCUCAAACAAUUGAUGACGGCUCUACAAUAUCGAGCCAACACACAGGAUCCAAGGAAGAAGGGCCAGCCUCCGACUCCGAACGGGUCCACGCCCACAUCCAUCGAAAGGCCGAGAACACCGGAGAAAUCAGACUCCGAUCGACCUCCGAAAUUGAAGCCGCGCUGCGACUACUGUUUAUCUUCGAGAGCAAUACAUGAGACUGCUCGCUGCUGGUGUAAGCAUCCAGACCAGGCACCGACGACAUGGCUCUCAGACUAUGCUGAUUUCGUCCGCCGCACUCGCGAGCGGAACGGAGAUCCAAUCCCUGAUAUUCCAGGCCUUACGGCCGACAUGCAAGCUCAGGCCAAGGCUUCUAUCUCUGCUGGCAGUCUCCAGUCUGCUAAUUGGUAUCUUGACACUUGUGCGAGCUAUCACGUUGUCUCGGACCGAAAGCUUUUUACUUCUUAUGCCCCGCUCGGAAGGCAUGGAGAAGGAGUUAGAUCAAUCUGGGGAGACAUGAGACAUCCUAUUGGUAUUGGUACUGUCGACAUGAAGCUGGAUGGCAUGACUAUCACUCUGAAAGAUGUCCGCUAUAUUCCUGGAGCAGAUUCACAUCUUGUAUCCGAGGCGGGAUCACAUGAUCAGGGCUUUACCAUUGGCAAGAGUCCAGUGUCCCCAUUUCACUACACCUUAGAGGACUCAUCGAACCAGCGAUUCUUCGCCGUCAGGGACUCUAACCAUAUCUACAAACUCACCGGUAACGAACCAGCGGAGGUCUCUACUCAGACUUUCGCUACGGUGGGUGCAUCAUCAACAACAACAACAACAUCAUCAUCAUCAUCAUCAUCAUCAAUAUCAUCAACAUCUGCACCAUCCGCAAUAUCUGCACCAUCUGCAACAUCUGCAACAUCUGCAUUAUCUAUCUCACCUGAUAUCUAUUUGACCUCCGAUGAGCCCAUAACGAGUGGUGGCGAACAGCAGCUAAUAGACGCGCUCUAUCUUUACAACCAGCCUGGUAGUAGAGUGAUGAUCACACGCGACAAGACACAGCCGCCCUGUCGAAUAGGCCUUCAAGCAAAUGAUCAACCCGACUCGUAUUGGCGAGAAGGACAUGGCAGCCAACGGCUUCCUGAAGCUGCUGGCUGA